AUGCAUUUCUCCACUCUUGUCAGCGCCGGUCUCAUGGCUACCACUGCCAUGGCCUACCCUCACGUCUUGAACCGCUUCAGCGCCGCUAAGCGUCAAGCUAGCGGUGCCCAGAAUGUUGUCUACUGGGGCCAGAAUGGCGGAAGCGCGGUCGAGAACAACGAUCUCUCUACUUACUGUACCGCUGAUUCUGGAAUUGACAUCAUCGUCCUCGCUUUUUUGUACGAAUGGGGUAACGGUGUCACAAUCCCCUCUGGUACCAUCGGCCAGUCCUGCUACAUCGGCACUGAUGGCACUGGCCAAAACUGCGAUGACUUGGCCACCGCCAUCUCAACUUGCCAGUCCAACGGCAUCAAGGUCAUCUUGUCUCUGGGUGGUGCUUCUGGUGCUUACUCUCUCAGCUCUCAGGAUGAGGCUACAACCAUCGGACAGAACUUGUGGGCAGCUUACGGUAGCCCCAACGCAACUAGCUCUACCUCUACCACCGUUCCCCGUCCCUUCGGCAAAACCUUCGUUAAUGGAUUCGACUUUGACUUGGAGGCCAACUCCGGAAACGAGUACUACCAAUACAUGAUUUCCACACUCCGGACCAACUUCGCCAAGGACCCAUCGAACACCUACUACAUCACCGGCGCGCCUCAAUGUCCUAUCCCGGAACCCAAUAUGCAGGAAGUCAUCACCAACUCUCAGUUCGACUAUCUCUGGGUCCAGUUCUACAACAAUGAGGGCUGCUCCACCGACACCGGCACUAACUUGAACGACUGGAUCACCAACAUCGCGGGAACCCCUUCUUCGGGUGCUAAGAUCUUCCUUGGUGUCCCUGCUUCUGAGGACGGUGCCACAGGUACUGCCUCUGGUGCCAAGUACUACCUUGCGCCUGAAGACCUUGCUACUCUCGUCAAACAGUAUAGCAACAACACUGCUUUCGGCGGUAUCAUGAUGUGGGACGCUGGUUUCUCUGACGGCAAUGUCAACAACGGCUGUACUUAUGCUCAGGAAGCGCACAGCAUUCUCACCACUGGCAGCGCCUGCUAA